AUGGUCAACGAUGAGGAAGCGAAUCGUGUUCGCGAUCAAUGCUCAGUGGUGUGGAUACUUCAGAAGCGCUUUCAGGCUUUGCCGGCGACGUGCUGCUACAGCGACUUCGCGACUUCCAUGGCCGGAAUGCUUGAGAAAAAAGUUCCGCGAGCUGGCCAGGCAAUGAUGCACGAUAUAGUUCUCGGGAGCAGGAACACGCAAGAGACCAGAGCGCCUCGACAGCGAGGAGCUGCCAGUCGCCGACCAGCCAGAAAAAAGACAACGGAUUCGACCUAUUUACAGAGCUUCGUUGAUACUCUCAAGGGCUAUUGGGAGCGCAUCGAAGACAAAGUCGAAAAUAAACUCAAGAACUGUCACCCGAACAAGCGAAACCAUUUUAUGGACCUGCAGGCCGAAGUCAAGGAGACCCUGGAAGUGGAUUUCUGGCCGCGCUGGGAGCUGGAAACGACGCGUGGAAGCCAAGCGGAUGAUGAGGGAUCGACAGAAGGAGAGGAUGAGGAUGAAGUGAGAAGGCAAGCCAAGGCCAAGAAGAAAGCCGAAAAGGAAGCCGGCCGAAAGUCGCGGCGAGACGGUGAAGCGGGGCCUUCGACCAAGAAACAAGACAAAGAAAAGAAGAAGGCUGGCAAGCAACUGGAGCUUGAUGAGGCGGUAACAAAAGAGAAGAAAAAGCUGACGACCUUCGAACGGGAACCCUCGCCCGAUCCGUCGGCAGUCAAGCGCGCACGCCGCAGCCCAUCAGCCACUCCGAUGCUCGAAAUCGUCGAGGCUUCGCCGGAAGAGAUGCCAGACCCGCCGCAGAAAGACGCCGAAGAGCCGCAACAAGCUGCCCAAGAAGAAGCGCCGGUGGAGACGCCCAAGUUCGGGGGCUGGGUUCCUAACAUCAUGGCGCUGCUGGCUUGGGAAAAGGCGAGUUUCUGUUCUUUUUUGACCUUUUUAAACGUUGACCCCAACAAGCCGCCACCGAAACCCUACAAACGCAUCGACCCAAAAACGCUGGGCCUCGACCCGGAUCUGCUGUUAGAGGACGAGGAGGAAGACAACAAGCCCUAUAACUGUCGCACCGUCGUCUCGAUCCGCCAUCGUGAUCGGCUGCUUAGUCGACGACUAUGGUCCACUCUCCCCGAUCUGCCGAUCCCCGAACCUGGCGAGACGCUGAUCACAAAGUGGGAUUCUUGCGGCAUCGCGCUGGGCUAUGAGCCGUCAUUCAUCAAGCGCAUCGCGCGCGCUGAGCUCGGCCCGUUCGUUACCGUCGAAUAUCGCGAUCGCCAAGACGUGCAGCUGAUCCCCGCCGAGUUCCUGCUCAUGACGCGCCCCGAUCUCCACUAUCAAGUCAAGCAGCGCCUCAAGACCCUCCCGGCCACGAUCAACACGCUGGCCACCGAGAUUCAAUGGCGGUUGCCUGGCCUUGAAUUGCUAAAAUUU